AUGGCGUCCCUGAAAAUAACCAAGAAACACAACAGACACCUCAACAACCCCUUUCCUUCAAACCCGAAAACUCUCCCUUGUAUUCAUGGAAAUCUUCUAUUCGAUUCUCAGUCUGUCCCUUCAGAACAGAUCUAUGACAUUGGAAAGGAUUUUCAGUUGAAUUGGUCAUCCAAAAAUGGCGGGUCUCUAUGUAUAUUCCAUAAGUCUCAGCCUUCAAGAUCUAUGUGGUCAACCGUUCCAGGACGAUCCUUUGUUUCUGCAGCAGUGGCUGAAACAGAGAUUGAAGAGAGUAGAGGAUCAUUUGUUAUCAAAGACAGAGAUAUCCGCUUGAUAUGCAAUCAUCAAACUAUUGAUAAUAUCAGGACCAUCGAUCCAUCUGAUAUCGUUUUACAUGCAAAUAAUCAAGAUUUUACCUCUUUUAGCAAUGUAAUGGAUCAAGAAAGUCAACACAAAGGAAUACAGUUACCUGCUCUUCUGAUUACUGGGAAGAUCUUCUGUGUGAAGAAAAGGAAAAUCAGUAUACAAAGUUCUGAUUCAAUAGAAAAACAGCCGUCCACUAAUGCUAAGUACUGGAUGCUGUUUGAUCAGAAAAACAACAAUCAAAUAGGAUUCCAAGUGAAACUAGCAAAACCAAAAAUGGAAUAUCGGCAAAAACUUUCUCCAAGAACUUAUAGUUACAGAGCCUUCGCUUCAAAAUUUGGUCGAAUUCGGAGACUUCGAGUUGGAUUUAGUAGAUAUUUUUCAAGGAAGAGAGGAAUUAUAACAGUUUCACCAGCAGAAGAGGAAAAUGUAGUAAUGAAAAAUGAACGUGUUCCUGAUUUUAAUAGGAUCUGCAUUACAUAUUCUAGCGAAAAAAGCGAAAAAUUCUAUGGUUUUGGUGAGCAGUUCUCACAUAUGGACUUCAAGGGGAAGAGGGUGCCGAUAUUUGUUCAAGAGCAAGGCAUAGGGAGAGGCGAUCAACCUAUCACAUUUGCAGCGAAUUUGGUUAGCUACAGGGCAGGGGGUGAUGAAAGUACAACUUAUGCUCCUUCACCUUUUUAUAUGACAUCCAAAAUGAGGUCACUUUACCUUGAAGGAUACAACUAUUCAGUAUUUGAUCUAACAAAAGAUGACAGCAUCCAGAUACAGAUACAUGGAGAUUUGGUUGAAGGUAGAAUACUACAUGGGAACUCACCUACUGAGCAUAUCGAACAAUUCACAGAAAACAUUGGGAGCCCACAAAAACUUCAUGAUUGGAUAAUAUCAGGUGCGGUGGUGGGACAUGGGAACUCACCUACUGAGCUUAUCGAACACUUCACAGAAACCAUUGGGAGACCUCAAAAACUUCCUGAUUGGAUAAUAUCAGGUGCGGUGGUGGGAUUGCAAGGUGGUACUGAAACAGUACGUCAUGUGUGGAAGGAGCUGCAGGCUCAAGAAACUCCAGUAUCAGCAUUUUGGUUGCAGGACUGGGUAGGGCAGAGGAAGACAGUUAUUGGAUCACAACUUUGGUGGAACUGGGAAGUGGAUUCAAAUAGGUAUUCAGGAUGGCGACAAUUAAUCAAAGAUUUAGGUGCACAGGAUAUUAAAGUGAUGACAUAUUGCAAUCCUUGUUUAGCUCUGAUGGACAAAAAGCCUAAUGCAAAACGAAACCUAUUUGAGGAGGCGAUGAAGUUAGAUAUCUUAGUGAAGGAGAAAAAUGGAGACCCUUAUAUGGUUCCUAAUACAGCUUUUGAUGUUGGAAUGCUGGAUCUGACCCAUCCACAGACAGAAAGUUGGUUCAAACAGAUUUUGCAAGAAAUGGUGGAUGAUGGAGUCCGGGGAUGGAUGGCUGAUUUUGGUGAAGGCCUGCCAGUUGAUGCCUGCCUUUAUUCAGGUGAAGAUCCAAUUACGGCCCAUAAUAGAUACCCAGAGCUAUGGGCAAAAAUAAACAGGGAAUUUGUAGAAGAAUGGAAAAGUAGUCUCGUGGGAAAGGAGAAGGAAGAUCAAGAAGAGGCCAUGGUUUUCUUCAUGAGGGCUGGUUUCAGGAAUAGUCCAAAAUGGGAGACCCAGCCCUGGUUUUCUUCAUGA